CUUUCUGUAUUCUCAUUCAAGUCUUGAAUUACUAAAGAAAUGACUCACUUUUCAGAUAUUUUGGAGAGGCUACUUAAAGAUGGUUUACUUUCGAGGGCAGGCAAGGAUGGUUAUGCUGUUAACAAGAUUACUGAUCCCAAAACACCCUACAUAAAGGAAGAGGUUGCCAUGCACAAUGUUUCACCUACUGAAGGAACCAAGAACAACAGUGGAGAUCUGAUGUAUAUGAAGGCAUUGUACCACGCACUUCCAAUGGAUUAUGUGACUAUAGCUAAGCUUCAGGGCAAGCUUGAUGGCGAAGCCAACCAGAGCACAGUCCGAAAGUUGAUGGACAAAAUGGUGCAAGAUGGAUACAUUAAGAAUUCAGGCAACAGAAGAUUAGGCAAAGCUGUCAUUCACUCUGAAGUCACCAACAGAAAGCUCAUUGAGAUAAAGAAGAUACUGGAAGUUGAUAUCACUGAAGACAUGGCAAUUGAUACCAACGCAAGGCCUGCUGAGUUUGAUCGCAGAGAUCACCAAACGGCUGACCAGGAAAUGAAAGAUGGCUCGACAAACGGCCGCUUCCAGUCAGUUGGAUCCGAUCUUACCCGCACACGGGAGCUACCGGAGCAGCAGCAGACUAACAAGGACCCAAGCAGGACUCCCACAAGCAAUCGCGAGUCGGCCACGUCCCUGGAGAGUGGGGUGCUCGGGCAGAGGAUCAGGAAGUCUCUGGCUGGCAAAGAGUCGAUGUGCACGCCGGACAAGCGGACCAGGAAGGCCAGCAUGGUGAAGGAGCCGAUCCUCCAGCAGGUCAAGCGCCAGAAGUCCUAGUUCAGUGAGGCGGCACGGAAUCGCAAGGAGCCUCAGCGCAACUAACCCCACGUAGGUCAGGCGAAGAAGCAGAAUACCCCUAGUUCAGUACUACUUCAGUUCGUUCAGGUGCUUGAAACUUGUGAAGAUAGCGACAGAGCACCCCUUCCGGCAGAUGUAGAUCCUUGUCCCUAGCCCUAUCCUUGGUAGCAAAACGUAAACGAGAGAGACUUGUGCCCCCCCUGAGACGUGUUGUUUAUGAUGUUUGUUUCACUGGAGACUGCACCGAGGCCACUUUUGCCUGAAUGCUGAAACGUAGCAAUGUUGGUUGCUUCACGCCAUGGUUUGAAUGAUGUAUCUAUUUGAAUCCGUACUGAGCAGCGAUGAUCGGCGCAAGCUUUUUUCUUCU